GUAGACUGAAGGUGGUAAUUUUCUGACACUCGCGACAACACUGGGCUUCAAUAGCAAAUAUGGCAGGCAGAGGUGGUCAUGAUAAUAAUAGAUAUGGAGGUGAACGGCAGCGUAGACCGCUACCAACGGAGCCUCCGUUUAUCGCGUACGUCGGUAACUUGCCCCAGGGCGUUGUCCAAGGAGAUCUCAACAGGAUAUUCAAUGAUUUCACGGUGAAAAAUAUACGUCUGGUUAAAGACAAGGAAACGGAUGUCUUCAAAGGGUUCUGCUAUGUUGAGUUUGGAACAUUGGAGGAACUGAAGAGAGCAUUGGCAUUGGACGGAGUAAUUAUGUUGAAUGAUUGUAUGGCCACUCUGAGGAUUGACAUUGCGGAGCAAAAGAAAAACGACCGUGGUGGCUUCAACAAAAGAGGUGGUGGUCCACCCAACCGUGGAGGAGGUGGCUUCAACAACAAAGGAGGAAACAACAACAGACAGGGUGGCGAUAGAAAUUAUGGUAAUGACAAUUAUGGUAGGAAUGACUUCGAUAGAAAUCGUGGACGGUCCAACAAUUACAAUGAAGAUCUAUCAUCGUCUGUCGACAAAAUGAAAGAUCUAUCGUUUUCAGAUCGUGGUCCCAAUCGUGGUCGGUAUGGCAAUUUCAAUGAGGAAGGCGGAGGCGGUCGCGACGGAGGUGGUCGCGAAGACUGGAGUCGCGAUCAUGACGGACGUUCUGGGCACGACAGAGGUGGUGAUAACUACAGUCGAGACGGUGAUCGGUUUCACCGUUACGGCGGUGGUCCGGGUGGUUCCGGGGGUGGCCGCCGAGAUCAUCGCGAUCAUGACAGGGGAAACGAUCGUUCGCAGCCAGGUCCGGGACCGGCGCUCAGUCUGGCAGAACGCGAUGCCGGUAGACCGAAAUUAAACUUGAAGCCUCGCACCGUGGCUGCUCCGUUGAAUGCACUGGCAGACACGAAGCAAGCGGCUGCAAUUUUCGGUAGCGCACGACCGCGCGAAGAAAAGUUAGCCUCGGAAGGCAGAAACCCGGAGGAGUCGGAACGUAAAACGUCCACGUCUUCAUCGGCGGCUGGAGACGAUAAGAAUGGGUCAAACUAAAGAUGUUCUUUGGUUUAUAAUUAACGUUAACGGUUAAUCCUUUUCCCUUUUAUCAAAUGAGAGCGAAAGUAAAACAGACUUUACUAACGGCAAGCAAAGCAAGUGGAAGAAAACAGCCAAGCAGGUUUGUAAUGCGAAACUACAUACCCAUACAUGAAAAUACAUGCAUAAACAUAAAAACAGAAACAAUACAACCUAACGUAAAAAGUAUGUGUUUAAUUUAUAUUUUGAUUUUUACGCUUUUUUCUACGAUUUAAUAUUAACAAUAAAGAAAAAGAAAAAAUUGCAAAAAGAAAGAAUGAAAUACAAAAUAAUGUGUAAUUAUAAUGCAAAUAAUUAUGGAAGCAGUAAAAUAUAUUAAUUAUAGCACAUUGAUAUAUUCAAAACCUAAAAGAUUAAUGAUUUAAAUGAGGGAAAAGCUGAAAACUGAAAUAUUACUAUAAGAUAAACAAUAGUAACAAAUACAUUUUUCGAGCUAGAGAAACAGAGGAAUGAUUACACUGACGAGUCAAGAUUUUGCGUUUUAAUUUUCUUAGCUUCCCACGUGCGUUGAACGUCUUUUGUGUUUAAGGAUGAGGUAUGGAGUGCUUUUAGUUAAGAGAAAUCGCGAGAGUAUGUGACUCAAUCAACAGCAUAUGAAGCUAGCUUGUUAUGGAAGGAGAAUUUCAUUUGACGAAUUUCUCUACAAUUAAGCAUAGUUUUACAUUCAGACACCGGUAGCUUUACGCAAUCAAAGUUUCUUAAUUUUUGGGUUUUAAUCUAUGGACACUGAUCAGCAACGGCGUAUUGUGAUUUGAGUUUUCCUUACAGGCAUAAAGCAUUCUUUUGGUUCAAAAAUAUUCAAUUAUUAGCUAUCUCGCAUGAAUUGUCUCACUUAGAUCGGUUGAAUAGUUUUGAUGCUAAAUUUCCAAUGCAGAAAUGUAAAAAAAAUAGUAAGACAUUAUACACCCCUUAUGUUUAAGUGUUGUUGAAAUAAAUAUGAGAUGAAUGACGAACUUGAAAAAUGGAUGAAAUAAACUGAUGAAACAACUGAUUCUUGAAA